UUUUCGCAAGAGAAAAACAUAAAUUUUUCGACAAAGAUUUUCACAUGUGAUGGCUAUCUACUUCCCUUUUCUUACCCUCUUCAUGCUCAUAGCUUCUUUCUCAUGCAAUGCUCAACCUUCGCCGGGUUACUACCCUAGCUCUAAAGUUGCCACCAUAAACUUUAACCAAGCUUAUAGAAACUUAUGGGGGCCACAACACCAGCGGUUCGACCAGAACACGUUGGUCUUGUGGCUUGACAGGUAUUCAGGAAGUGGAUUCAAGUCGCUCAAACCAUAUCGAUCUGGAUAUUUUGGGACGUCGAUUAAGCUUCACCCUGGUUACACUGCCGGUGUUAUUACAUCAUUUUACCUUUCAAACCAAGAAGAUCAUCCAGGAUACCACGAUGAAGUGGAUAUCGAGUUUCUUGGUACAACGUUUGGAAAGCCUUACACAUUGCAAACAAAUGUAUACAUUAGAGGGAGUGGCGAUGGAAAUAUCAUCGGAAGGGAAGAAAGAAUUCACUUGUGGUUUGAUCCCACCAAGGAUUUUCACAACUAUGCUAUCUUAUGGAGUCCCAUUGAGAUCAUAUUUUUUGUUGAUGAUGUGCCAAUUAGAAGGUAUCCAAGGAAAAGUGAUGCUACAUUUCCUUUAAGGCCAAUGUAUCUAUAUGGGUCUAUUUGGGAUGCAUCUUCAUGGGCUACCGAAAACGGAAGAUACAAAGCUGAUUAUAAAUACGAACCGUUUUACGCUAGAUACAACAACUUCAAGGUAGGAGGUUGCACCGCAUUUUCUCCAUUAUCGUGCCGACCCCCAUCUGGCUCUCCGGCUAGGACUGGUGGGCUAAGCCGUCAACAAGUGGCCGCGAUGUUGUGGGUUCAAAAGAACUUCAAGGUUUAUGACUAUUGUAGGGAUCCAAAGAGAGACCACACUCAAACACCAGAGUGCUGAAAUUUUGCACUUAAUUAUAAGACA